AUGAAAAAUAAAAAGAAUCUAAAGGAAAUUUACAUCACUGAAGAUUACUCGAAGGAAGUGCUGCAGAAGAGAAAACAGUUACAAGCCGAGUUAGUAGAAGAGAGGAAAAAAGGCAAUUUUGCCUACCUCAAGUACGAUAAACUUAUAGUGAAACAAAAUAAUAACCAACAAGAGAAAAGGAAAAGAGAAUCAUCUGCUUCACCAUCUUCUCUUAACAACCAAGCAAAAAAGCAACAGUCUCAUUUGGCAACCAAGUCCAACAGAGCAGAUGCCUUUGAUAUGAUACGGCACUUAAACAGCGGCGAACGGAAUCCAAAACCAUCCAAAGCAACUGAUAAUAAAUACAGGACAUAUGACAAAUCUCCCCCAAACCGACUGGUCAUCGCGGGGGAAAGAGACCACCACCUUCCAACAAAAGAAGAAGAGAAAAAUAUACUAAAAAAUAAAUAUGAGGAAACAAAAAUCUACGUCGCCGCUUUAAAUGUACGUACUUUGAAAGAAGAAGAGAACUUAACAGAGCUAAUAUAUGCGUUAGAGAAAAUCAAAUGGGACAUAAUAGGGCUCAGCGAAGUGAGGCGAGUGGAUGAAAGUAUAGUUGUACAGCCAGACUACUUACUUUAUCAUAUAGGGGAGACUCCAGGCCAAUAUGGGGUAGGAUUCAUAAUCAAAGAUCAAGUAAUUGAGUAUGUAGAAGAAUUUAUAGCAAUCUCGGAGCGUAUUGCAAUAAUGAAUUUAAAACUACCGGGAUACAAAGCUCCUUGGUCUAUUGUACAAAUAUAUUCACCUACAGAGCAAGCUAAAGACGAUACUAUAAAUAAGUUUUACUUCGACCUAAAUAGAGCUAUAAUAGACCACUGCCACAAAAAUUUAAUAAUAUUAGGAGACUUCAACGGUCAUAUUGGCAAAAGACGCCCAGGAGAAGAGUCUGCAAUAGGAAGCUUCACCUAUAUAAACAAAAUCUGA